AUGUUCCUCAAGCUGAGGACAAAGUACCUCACACUGACGACAAGGUUCCUCACACAGAGAACAAUGUUCCUCACGCUGAGGACAAGCUUCCUCACGGUAAAGACAAGGUCUCUCACGCUGAGGACAAGGUUCCUCACGCUGAGGACAAGGUUCCUCACGGUGAGGACAAGGUACCUCACACUGAGGACAAUGUUCCUCACGCUGAGGACAAGGUACCUCACACUGAGGACAAGAUUCCUUAAGCUGAGGACAAGGCAACUCACACUGAGGACAAGGUACCUCACACUGAGGGAACAUACUCAUGCUGAGGACAAGGUUCCUCAAGCUGAGGACAAGGUUCCUCACGGUGAGGACAAGGUACCUCACACUGAGGACAAUGUUCCUCACUCUGAGGGCAAGGCUCGUCACGCGGACGACAAGGUUCCUCACGCUGAGGACAAAGUUCCUCACGCUGAGGACAAGGUACCUCACACUGAGGACAAGGUUCCUCACUCUGAGGACAAGCUUCCUGACGGUGAGGACAAGGUUCCUCACGGUGAGAACACGGUUCCUGACGCAGAGGACAAGAUUCCUCACGCGGAGGACAUGGUUCGUCCCGCUGAGGACAAAGUGCCACACACUGAGGACAAGAUACGUCACACUGGGGACUAGAUUCCUCCCCCUGAAGACAAGGCACCUCACGGUGAGGACAAGGCACCUCACACUUAGGACAUCGUACCUCACACUGAGGACAAGAUUCCUCAAGCUGAGGACAAAGUUCCUCACACUGAGGACAAGGUACCUCAGACUGAGGACAAGGUUCCUCACUCUGAGGACAAGGUUCGUUACGCUGAGGACAAGGUUCCUCACGCUGAGGACAAAGUUCCUGACGCUGAGGACAAGGUCCCUCACGCUGAGGACAAGGUUCCUCAAGCUGAGGACAAAGUACCUCACACGGAGUACAAGGUACCUCACUCUGAGGACAAGGUUCUUGACGCUGAGGACAAGGUCCCUCACGUUGAGCACAAGGUUCCUCACGCAGAGGACAAGGUUCCUCCCGCUGAGGACAAGGUACCUCACAAUGAGGAAAAGGUUCCUCAAGCUGUGGACAAGGUACCUCACAUUGAGGACAAGGUACCUCCCAAUGAGCACAACGUUCCUCACGCCCAGGACAAUGUUCGUCACGCUCAGCAAAAGGUUCCUAACGCUGAAUACAAGGUACCUCACGCUGAGGACAUGGUAUCUCACGCUGAGGACAAGGUUCCUCACGGUGAGGACAAGGUCCCUCACGCAGAGGACAACAUUCCUCACGCAGAGGACAAGGUACCUCACACUGAGGACAAGGUUCCUCCAGCUGAGGACAACGUUCCUCACUGUGAGCACAAGGUUCCUCCCUCUGAGGACAAGGUACGUCACACUGAGGACAAGGUUCCUCACGCUGAGGAGAAGGUUCCUCGAGUUGAGGACAAGGUACCUCACACUGAGGACAAGGAUCCUCGCGCUGAGGACAAGGUACCUCACACUGAGGACAAGGUUCCUCACGCUGAGGACAAGGUUCCUCGAGUUGAGGACAAGGUACCUCACACUGAGGACAACGUUCCUCGCGCUGAGGACAAGGUACCUCACACUGAGGACAAGGUUCCUCAAGCUGAGGACAAGGCUCCUCAAGCUGAGGAAAAGGUACCUCACACUGAAGACAAGGUACCUCCCAUUGAGGACAGGGUUCCUCACGCCCAGGACAAGGUUCCUCACACUGAGAACAAGGUUCCUCACGCUGAGGACAAGGUUCCUGACGCUGAGGACAAGGUUCCUCAAGCUGAUGACAAGGUACCUCACAUUGAGGACAAGGUACCUCCCACUGAGCACAAGGUUCCUCACGCCCAGGACAAGGUUGGUCACGCUGAGGACAAGGUUCCUGACGCUGAGGACAAGGUCCUCUGGCUGAGGACAAGGUUCCUCAAGCUGAGGACAAGGUUCCUCACGCUGAGCAGAAG